AUGUAUGGUUUGGUGGAGGACCUUGGGUCCGCUUAUUGGGGAUGCAAUCGUACUGGCUUUCAACAUCAAAACCGCAAGAGCAGGAAGCGUGAGCUACGAUUCUGGGCUGCGUACUUCAACGAAUACUCUAGCAACUUCGAGACUUACUAUUUUGGAGUGCGAGCUCGAGCACUGAUUGCAUUCGUUAGCGACGUGGUUACAAUUGUCGCCUCUCAAAUGAUCACUCAUUGGCUUGACUGGAAAUCAAUUGACCCCAAAAAGCGUGUUACCUAUGGGUGGUACUAUGUGAUUCUUGUACACAUUGUCACAUGGAUCUAUGCAUGGAUAAUUCAAGGAGAAUACACAACGAGUCCUCCGAUGCUGGAUUACUCAAGCCCGGAAUUUGUGAAACGUGCUUUUGCAUUGUUCCUGUGGUCAUUCGCGCAACAGACAGUGGAGAAUUGGCUGCAUUACUUCGUUGGUUCUCUGACAGACAACAUUGCAGAACUCACUAGAUUGACCGGCAUCCUUAGGGGCCAGGAAAGUUUCGAUGAAGCUGUUCCUUGUGGUCUCAACUCAAGAAAUUGGUAUGGUGGUCGGGUACCGAUGGCAGUGAACACCAUCUUGCUAGGUUUAUGUAUAAUACCGACGUGGAUAGUCGUCCAUAGACAUGCCCCGCAAGAGACUCAAGAGAAAUUAAGUGAGCCUCAGAGUAAUCCAGGAACUGAUAACAGCGGCAUGAAAGCAACUCACACCGUUGAACCAAAUAAAGCCUCUUAA